AGUAACGCCCAGGGGAGAAAGCAGUUCGAGAGGAAAGAAGAGAGUGAUCUUUCCUCUCUUUAGGGAGAGACAGCUUCCGUCAAAAUGCCACCGUUCGUCAAAAGAGAUGCCGGUAAUCCGCGUAACGAGGGCACCGUGCAACCGAGCAUUGGUGCAACGGACCUGGACGUAUCUCUCUUUGGUACAGAAGGUUACGAAAAAACAACGGAAGAGGCUACAACCAAAAGAGCAGAGAAGAAUAUCGAAAAAGAAUUUCAGAAGUUGAAAGAGAGCCUCGUAGAAGAAACGGGAAUACCGCCAUGGGGUCUUGUUGCUAUUUUAAUAGUUGUAGGCGUAAUUGUCCUCGGAAUCUGCUUUUGCUGUAUACGAAGAUGUUUUCGCAAGCGACGCUCCAAAGAUGGCAAGAAAGGAUUAAAGGGCGCGGUGGAUCUCAAGUCAGUGCAGCUUUUGGGGAGCACGUACAAGGACAAGGUUCAGCCGGAUAUGGAAGAAUUGACGGACAAUGCCGAAGAACCGGACGAAGCUGAGAGUAAGCAAAGCGAAGUUAAGCUUGGGAAGCUACAGUAUAAGCUCGAAUACGACUUUAAUUCGAACAGCCUUUCCGUAACGGUGAUACAAGCGGAAGAACUGCCGGCAUUGGAUAUGGGUGGCACGUCGGAUCCAUAUGUAAAAGUGUAUUUAUUACCGGAUAAAAAGAAGAAAUUCGAGACGAAAGUUCACAGAAAGACGUUGAAUCCAGUUUUCAAUGAAACUUUCACGUUUAAGGCUGUUCCUUAUGCCGAUGCUAUGAAUAAAACGUUGGUCUUCGCUAUCUUCGACUUUGAUAGAUUUUCGAAACACGAUCAGAUCGGUGAAGUAAAGGUGCCGCUCUGUCAAAUAGAUUUAGCGCAAACGAUCGAGGAAUGGAGGGAAUUACAGAGUGUCGAAGGUGAAGGUGGACAGGAUAAUAAACUUGGCGACAUAUGCUUUUCGUUGAGAUACGUACCAACGGCCGGAAAACUCACAGUGGUUAUUCUGGAAGCCAAGAAUCUGAAGAAGAUGGAUGUCGGUGGCCUCUCCGAUCCUUACGUUAAGAUCGCGUUGAUGCAGAAUGGAAAGAGAUUGAAGAAGAAGAAAACGUCGAUCAAAAAAUGCACCCUUAAUCCGUAUUACAACGAAUCGUUCACUUUCGAGGUACCCUUCGAGCAGAUACAGAAAGUGCAACUCGUCGUGACCGUAGUAGAUUACGAUCGCAUUGGCACAUCAGAACCGAUUGGGAAAGUGGUUUUGGGAUACAACGCGAGUGGAACGGAAUUAAGACACUGGUCCGACAUGUUGGCAUCCCCUAGGCGCCCAAUUGCUCAGUGGCACACGCUGAAGGACCCUGAAGAUGGAGAUAAGAAAGAUUAAGAACGUUGACUUUCCAAUUAAGAUAUAUACGGAUAAUUGAUCGAGAGAAAAGGGAACGGAGAAGAGUAAAAGAGAUUGAGAGGGGAGAGAA